CCACUGAGUAUCACCUUGGCCUGCUGAAGGCGAAGCUUGCAAAAUACAGAGCUCAGCUGCUAGAACCCUCCAAAUCCUCAGCUGCUAAAGGAGAAGGCUUCGAUGUGAUGAAAUCUGGAGAUGCCCGAGUGGCACUGAUCGGUUUUCCUUCCGUGGGUAAGUCCACGUUUUUGAGUUUAAUGACCUCAACCGCCAGCGAAGCUGCAUCUUACGAGUUCACAACCCUGACGUGUAUCCCAGGAGUCAUAGAAUACAAAGGAGCCAAUAUUCAGCUGCUGGAUUUGCCUGGAAUCAUCGAAGGAGCAGCACAAGGGAAAGGCAGAGGUCGGCAGGUAAUAGCUGUGGCCAGGACAGCAGAUGUGGUUAUUAUGAUGCUGGAUGCCACGAAGGGUGAAGUGCAGAGGGCCUUGCUGGAGAAAGAACUGGAGUCUGUAGGAAUCCGGCUGAACAAAAGCAAACCAAAUAUCUACUUCAAGCCGAAGAAGGGUGGAGGUAUCUCCUUCAACUCAACUGUCACGUUGACUCAGUGCUCCGAGAAGCUGGUGCAGCUCAUCCUCCAUGAAUAUAAAAUCUUCAACGCUGAGGUUCUCUUCAGAGAGGAUUGUUCUCCUGAUGAGUUCAUUGAUGUGAUUGUAGGCAACAGGGUCUACAUGCCGUGUCUCUACGUUUAUAACAAGAUUGACCAGAUAUCUAUGGAGGAAGUGGAUCGUCUUGCUCGGCGGCCCCACAGUGUUGUAAUCAGCUGUGGCAUGAAACUGAACUUGGAUUACUUGCUGGAGAAGCUCUGGGAAUACCUGGCACUUACUUGCAUCUACACCAAGAAACGAGGACAGAGACCAGACUUUACAGAUGCCAUUAUUCUACGGAAAGGGGCCUCUGUGGAGCAUGUGUGCCAUCGGAUCCACAGGUCGUUAGCCAGCCAGUUCAAAUAUGCCUUGGUGUGGGGGACAAGCACAAAAUACAGCCCUCAAAGGGUGGGCUUAACCCAUAUGAUGGAGCACGAAGAUGUCAUUCAGAUCGUAAAGAAGUAACUCGUUGCUGGUGCCUGGCCUCGUCUGUAAUCACUACAAUUGGAACUGACCACAUAAAAGCAAAAGAAAACA